UAUUUAUUACAACCAAGUAGUACGAUCUGAGAAACAGAAGUGCUCGUGUUUUAAGGAAGUAUUUAAAAUUAAUAAAUAAUGAAAAUGAGUUUAGAAAAUACCUUUAUUGCUGUGAUGCUGUGUCUGAUGGGAUUUGCAGUUAACCACGCAUAUCCAACUAAGGAGGCAUGGCCUGAGGAAUGUAAAGGAAAAACGUACUGCCACGUGCAACCAGACUACUACCCGAAAGAGACAUUUGCUAAGAUUUUAGACGGAGUGAACCUACAGUUCCAACAAGGUGGAGGGGUUUCCAAUCGCAGUAGCGAAGGCGAUGUUGCCAGCUGUAGUACAAUUAAGCGGUUUGACAAGAUUUACCUGAUCUUAGACGAUAGCGACACUAUCCGGUUCGUCGCCCAGAAUGAAGAUGUCUUCUCAUUCAUGCUUCAGAUUGAAGAAUGCAGUACACCCGGCCGAACUUAUUCUUCUGCGCUGGACGAAGACCACCUCCGUGAACAGAGAGUAGACUGCUACGAAACCAGACAGCCGUUCGAGUUCCCCGUGCUCUCGCUAGAUGGCGCUAAACUUGAAUCCAUGGCGCCUAAGGGUGGAGUCCCUGUGAGCUGCUCUGCCAAAGUGAUAGCCACGUAGUUUGGUAUCAGAUUUUAGACUGAAUAAUUUUUAAUUUUUACGAACCCUUCGCCAAAAUAAUGUAUCAAUUCUAGUCUAAAUUUCAAAUUAUUAGUUAUUUAUUAUUUUCCAACCUCGACAGGUACUUUGUUUACAAAGGCUUGGAAAUUAAAGUGUUUUUAUUCAGCCAGCUAUAAAAAUCUUUUUAUAAUAAAAAUAUAAUUGUAACAUUUUUAAAUUUUGACACAUUGUGUUAUUUGUUUUGCUAUAUUGUUCUAGAGCAUGAAGUAAACCAUAACUUAACUCCGUUAGUCAGCGCCAUUUAUUCAAUACUAUCAUCAUAACUACACUCACGAGGUCUACAAAAUAUUUUUAUUCGAAAUGUGUAUUGAAGUGAUACCCUGAUAUUAAAAUGAACAAAAAUGUCGUCUGUUCUUAAAAAAAUAAAUAAACACGUAAAAAUAUUGGUGGAAA